AUAUCUGUAUAUAUAAGUCGCUCUUGUAGUACGGGAGAGAGAGGAAGGGUGGGUGAUGUGGAACAACGGGUGGAAGUUUGCACUUAUUUAUUACUUUUUGUAUACCUAGGCGGGUUGUUGUCGUGUUACUUUUGUCUUUUUUUACACUUUUUAUUUAAAAACUGAUUUCCAAUGAAAGCUGAAGUUGCUUUUCUAGAAAAUUAAAAUUUCCGUGCACUUUACUUGACAUUUUCAGCAGUUAACCCAGAGAGGUAAGCCCGCCUCUUGGUGGCAAGGACAACUGUUCUUCAGAAUGGUGGCAUCCAGCAGCUUAAACAUUAAAAAUUCUGCAUGUAUCUCUGAACUGAUACAGCAACGCUUUCAGCCAGCACCCGUGACUGAUUUUGACUACUGGGAUUAUGUAGUGCCCGAACCCAACUUUAAUGAGAUGGUGUUUGAGGAACAGAAAUGUCAGAGUCUAGUUAGAAUGCUGGAGAGCUGCCUGUCUAAAUCAAAACAGACUAAACUGUGUUGCUCUAAGGUUCUAGUCCCUGAGAAGCUAACCAGGAGGAUAGCCCAAGACAUCUUGCGUCUCUCUUCCACCGAGCCUUGUGGCUUAAGGGGGUGUGUCAUUCACGUCAACUUAGAAACAGGAAAUGUGUGUAAAAAGCUGGAUAAGAUUGUCUAUGACCCCACUGUCGUUCCUACUUUUGAACUGACGCUGGUGUUCAAACAGGACUGCUGUUCAUGGCCGAGUUUCAGGGAUUUCUUCCCCAGAGCUUGCUUCACUUCCGGCAUCAAACGUACUCUGAUCCUGAGUCCUGGGUUUCGUCUGAUUAAGAAAAAAUUGUAUUCCUUGAUUGAAACAGUUGUUGAAGAAUGCUAAAAACACACACACAAAAACACCUGUUUUUAACAGUUUAAAUAACUGAGCCUGAAACCCUUAGAAAUAUGAUUUUUAUUUUUUUUAAGAAGAUUGCGACUUUUGCACAGAUGCCCUCUAUUUAGGCUAGCUAAACCUCGGUAAAGCUACUUGUUACAGGGUAGAAUGAGAAGGAACACAGCUAUUGAUACUUGAAACAUUCCUUGAUCAGCACCAGAAAGUCCCAAUAGCCAACAUGAUUGCUGCUUAUUGCUAGCCGCUAUACUAAAUGUUCCCUGUUAAAAAUUUGACAUUCUUGACUCCCACCUUCCUUUUAAGAAAAAAACUAAGUUCUCUAAAUUCAGCUUCUUUAAGAAGAACUAGGGGAAGUUAUCCUUUAUAGCCUUCAAAGAACAAAAAUAGCCAGCAGUGUCUUUUUGACAUAAAUACAGGAGUUGGGAACCUUUGGGUCUCCAGGUGUUACUGAACUGCAAAGGUCACCAUCCCUGGACAUUGGCCAUGCUGGCUGGGGCUGAUGGAAGUUGUAGUUCAGCAACUACUGUGUUAAUAGGAACCAUGCUUCCAAAUGUUGUUUGUAGCACCAAACACAGAGGUAGAAAGUAUUGGAAGGAGGUAGAACUAAAGUCUUCAUGGGGAACCUGUUCUUCAGCUGUUCCUGGGCUACAACGCCCAUCAUCCCUGGUCGUUGGCCAUGCUGGUUGAGACUGAUGGAAACUGGAAUCCAACAACAGCUGAUGUGCUACAGAUUCCCCAUCCUGGAACGAAAAGUUAAGGCUUGGGUGGCAAAGCAACAGUAGCUUCAAUUUCAUCCUGCUAGUAUUUUGUGGGGGACUAACAAAAAUUAGCAUAGUUCUGUCCUUACGGGAUCCUCCAGAUGGAAGGGUUUGUGUUAAAAUAGUUUCCCUAAAGUGUCAGUAACAACUGCACUAUAUUUCAAUUGAAAUGUGUAUUUUGAAUUCUGGCUUUUGGCACUAAAUGCUGCAUUUAUUUUUUACUCAGUCUCGUAGAAGUGCUGGUGGUGUCCAU